GCUAUCGCCAUGGCAACCGUGGGGGGGGCGGACUCGCGGGGGCACCGGGACCAUCGGUGGCAGGGACAGCAGGACCGACCCCCACAGGGGACGCCAGACUGAGCCCGGGGGGACACUGAGCCCAAGCCCCGGGACUCCCCAGUCAGAGCCCGGGACGAGACGAAGGGGACCCUGGGAUGGAGCCCACGGGAGUCUGGCCACACCCCUCUGCCCCACACUUUGGGGGCUCACGGGAUACCCUCGUGUGUCCCCGCACAGCCCCGCAGCGCCCCUGCUCCUGCAGCUGGCGGGGUGGGGGCCCCUGAGCCCCCCGUGUUCCCCCCAGACCCCCCCGUGUUACCCCGAAUCCCCCCUGGGCCCCCCCGUGUCCCCUUCCUGCAGGGGCGGAGGUGUGAGGCAGGAAGGGCUCUGGGGAACAGAGAUGCUCUGUUUUAAGGGGGUUUGGGGUUUUGGCCCCCCCGCCCCUGCAGCCCAUGGCCCCGCUAUAAAAGGUGUUCAGGACACAGGCUGUCACCCACUGUCACCCACUGCCACCCCCUCAGCAGUUCGACAUGGCUGCCAAAAGCUCGACCCUUCUUUUGGUGCUGGUGGCGGUCGGAGCGGCACAGGCUGUGGCUCCCCUGCCCUGCCAGGGUGACCCCACGUCCCGGUGCCAGGACACAGCCAUGGCCACACGCUGCAGCCAGGAGCGGCAGCGCCAGGACCUCUGGGACAGCCUGGCCCUGGGGGAUGAGGCCAACAGGGACGACAUGGGGCGGGGCCGGAGGAUUAAGUGCAGCCUGUGCACCAAGGCACUGAAGAAGAUACAGACGCUGGCGGGUGAUGACCCUGACGAGGCUGCAGUGACAGCGGCGCUGAAGAAGGGCUGCCGGUUGCUGGGCCGGUUCCUGGGCAGGCAGUGCCAGAAGCUGGUGAGCCAGUACCAGGACCAGAUCAGCCAGGGGCUGCAGAACGGGGACACGCCCCGGGACAUCUGCACCACCAUGGGCAUCUGCAAGGCCUGAGCAUGGGUGCAGCCCCAAGUGCCCCACGAACCCCAAUGUCCCCCCAGCCCCUGAUGCCCCCCAGCCCCGACACCCCCACCCCCACAAUAAAGUCCCUCCUCUGGC